UCAAUCGUAGUUGUUAUUGGACACUCGAGUAUUUGAAAAUGCGCGCAUGCGCAAAUCGGAGGUGGAUAAAAUAUAGAAUUCAGUUGCAUGUAUUUUACGGAAUCUAAAAAACAUAAGAAAACGAAAGUGCUCCACUAUUUUUUCGAAAUGAACACACGUGCCAAAGAAAGAAAUCAAAAGUGUACACAUUCAAGUAAUAUACAACACCAGUCGAAUCAACAUCACAUUGAUAAAACGUGUGAAAAAUAUCCUCCAAUUGUCUUUGAAGGUUGCAUUCAAUAUAUUACUGAAUUUGUUGAUUGUGCUUUUGUAUGCAAUAAUCUCACGGAAGAGAUAAAUCGUAGCAAGGAGAAGGUUGUACCACUAGGUUUUGAUCUAGAGUGGCCUUUCAGUUUCCAAACUGGCAGCGGAAAGACAGCCCUGGUACAAAUUUGUCCAGACGUUAAUGUGUGUUACCUCUUACAUAUUUAUUCUUUAAAUAAAUUACCAGCAGCCUUUGUUGAACUUCUCUGUCAUCCAAAAGUCAUGCUUGUUGGUGUUAACAUUAAAAACGAUCUACGGAAACUUGAAAGAGAUUUUAAGGAGUUUCCUGCUCAGAAAAUAGUGGAUAAUUGUUUGGAUUGUGGGCCGUUUGCUAAUCAACGCUUGCUGCGAUCUGGUCGUUGGAGUUUAGAAAGAUUGACGACUUUAGUGUUAAAAAAGAAAAUCGACAAGAAUCCCGAAGUGCGGAGGAGCAAAUGGCACGUACAGCCCCUCAGUGACGCUCAAAAGAUUUAUGCAGCCACAGAUGCUUAUGUAUCCCUUUUGAUUUAUAGAGAACUUGAAAACUAUGGAGAAUUAGCUUGACCUAACUGAUCAUGACAAGUUUGUAACCAAUAAAAGUUGAUGAUAUAUGAAUUGAUAAUUGAAUUUUAACGAAAUUUCUCAGCUUUAAAGACUAGCUAAUUCAACAUCACAGAAUCUACGAAAUGAAUCCACGAG